AAACCUAACAAACUACAAACUCCAACAAACAGACUUUUGAAACAUUCAACACGUAUCCAACACUGAGGUCUCCGAAAGCAGCAGAGAGAAAUGAGUGGAAUGGCGUAAUAGGAGUAGCCGCAGAUGGAGCACUCGCAAUCCCACCAUGACGACAAAGCCACUGCCACCGCCACCGCCUUAUCGGAUCCGGAGUGGGAUGAGCCCUUCACAGAGGAAGACCUACGAGCCAUUGAAGCCGCAUUCGAAGCUGCUGCAACUUCCAAAAAACGACGCGCAAAUCCAGUCGACGAAGUCGUCACGGACCAGUCCCACAGUGCCCGCCGCCGACUGCCGAGUUCAAUUCUCGCUCUCCAGCAUCCCAACGCCUUCGCUCUCUCUCCAUGUCGUCAAGCCAAUACAAGGAUGAGAUAUCCUGUGUUGAAGUUUGGAGGUCAGAUUACAUAUAGCAGGACCACAGUUGAAGUGGAGAAAGCUGCCAUGGAUAUCUUAAAGACUGUGAAAGCAAAGCAAAACGAAAUGGGUCAAAAUGCAGUGGGAUUUGACAUUGAGUGGAAACCCACAUUCCAAAGAGGUGUUCCACCAGGGAAGGCUGCAGUCCUGCAGAUAUGUGGAGACACAAGUUGUUGUCAUGUGAUGCAUAUCAUACAUUCUGGAAUCCCUCGAAGUCUGCAGUUACUUCUUGAAAGUUCUUCAAUUUUCAAGGUUGGAGCUGGUAUAGCUAAUGAUGCUGUUAAGGUUUUCAAGGAUUAUAAUGUAUCUAUUAAAGCUGUGGAGGAUCUUUCAUAUCUUGCUAAUCAAAAGCUUGGAGAUUCACAGAAUUGGGGUCUUGCAUCCCUAACUGAGAAGCUCAUUUGUAAACAGCUUCUGAAGCCCAAUAAAAUUCGACUGGGUAACUGGGAGACCAAAUAUUUAUCAAAAGAGCAGCUGCAGUAUGCUGCUACCGAUGCAUUUGCAUCAUGGUAUCUUCAUGAGGUGCUAAGGAGCCUCCCUGAUGCUGAAGAAGUUGAGAAAGUACAGUAGACAACCAGAGCAAGGAACAAGAUGUAUCAUGUAAUUACUGUGAGACUGAGGAACCACAAGCUGCAUCAUUGUAAUGUCUUUUUAUUGGUAACAUCAGGACCAAAGUGAACGAUAUAAGCAUAAUGAUAUGUUGCCCCAUGGCUAUCAUCUUAUUAGUCUCCAUCCUUGAUGUUCUUGGAUUAGAGGGGCUGAUCAUGGUAUUCCAGGUCCUGCAAAUUAUGUCUGUUUCAUGUAUAGCCAUAGCUUUACUAUUCUUUUCAGAUAUAUUUUCAAACGAAAGACAUUAAUCAAUUGGAUUUGCCUAGGAUUGUCACAUU